AUGGACAAAAGCACACAUUCAUGUAAAUUAUAUAUUCUUCUCUUGCAGGAUUUUAGCAUAUAUUCCAAGUUUCAAAGAAAUUCCUAUACUUUUAAUAAAGUUCAUAUCAACUGCUAUAAAAGUGAAGAUAUAGAGAAAUGGAUAGUGAGUAAAAACUCAGACGAAUCAAUUGUGAAAACAGCAGCAGCCUCACACACUGAUCUUGUACCUGAUGUUUACGAAGGUGGUUUGACAGUUUGGGAAUGUGGGUGUGAUCUAGCAGAAUUCAUUGCUGAUGGAGGCCUUGAAUUCAAAGAAAAAUCAGUUAUUGAGCUUGGUUGUGGAGCAGGUUUACCUGGGAUAUGUGCAAUGAAACUUGGAGCAAAACAAGUCCACUUCCAAGACUAUAAUUCAGAAGUAAUAUCAUAUUUCACAAUUCCAAAUGUCUUAGACCUGAACCAGACAGACUCCUGUCAGUGUAGGUUUUUCUCAGGAGACUGGGGAGAAUUUCAGAUGUAUGCCGAAAGUCAUCCUGAUUUAAAAUUUGAUUUCAUUUUAACAGCAGAAACAAUUUAUAAUGUGGAUAAUUAUCACAAGCUACAUAGAUUAUUUCAACAACUGCUCAAAGAUGAUGGUAAAAUAUUAGUAGCUGCCAAGUCCAAUUACUAUGGAGUGGGAGGAGGGACAGGGUUAUUUGAGGAUUUUGUGGCUAAAGAGGGAUACUUCACUUACAAGUCUGUCAAAACUAUAGAAGCUAGUGUACCACGAGAAAUCAUUAUGCUGGAGAAAUUGCUGUGAUGGACUUUGUGUAUCAUCUAUUUGAUACAGGAGCUGUAGACUCUCAAAUUAAUAUUGAUAAAAAAAAUAAUUUUUUAAGAAAAUUGAUGUCUGGAUUUUAUAAAAUCUGUGUUGCGCCAGUUAC